UAUUGAUCAAACAGGUUCCGGGCUUUUUCAAGUGACGCACACACAUUUUGGUUUCAUUUGAGUGUUGAUGGUUGGCUUUGUCAAGUGUUUUGGAAAAAUGAAUUAUGCGGUUUUCGGAAAUAUAUUUCUGUGUUUAUUUUCUUUCCUCACGGCCCCAACACUCGGAUGCAGUUCGAACCUUCUAGACACACUGGCAGAUUCUGCCUUCACCGCCUCUUCGGAAAUUAGCAGCGCCUCUCACAUCAAACCCAGCAAAUCAGGCUUCUGGGUCCCAGGUGGAAAUGACACAGAUACAUUUGUUCAGGCAACCUUUUCUCAACCGCACAAAUUCGUGUCGUUAAACCUCGAAGGCACAACCACGGCUUGUGAUGUAAUGACCAGUUUUGAUGGCGUCAUUUGGGAGAGUCUGGCAGUACCUACCGCUACCCUGACGUUUACACAGCCUCUUUAUGGUUCUUACUUCCGGAUUGUUCCCACGGCGUGCUCUGGAGACUGUAGCUUACAGGUUACUCUAAUGGGAUGUGACUGUGCAACAGAUUCAAGUAUCACAACCGGAAGUGUCACAUACCUGGAACCUACGUCACUGAACGAUAACUUUGUCAGACUCUCCUUAAACUCGAUAGAGUCUAUAUCGUUCGCUGUUCAGAGUUCCGGUUCAGACCUGUCUGUACUGGCCUAUCUAGACAACAAUGACACUGUGGUAUCCGUCCUGACGUCCAAUACCGUAGCAUCGGUGACUCUGGAUUCAUCCAAGUUACCGGCCCUUGGAACGUAUUUACUCAGGACGGAAGUUCAACCGUGUAAAGGAUCCGGCAGGAACAAAGAUUUGAUUGUUUAUCACGAAGAAGCGAUAGCGGGAUUAAAUCUUCAAACUGCCUACGGAACAUACAUUCCAUUGGUUGACCCUGCUGAUUUCUUUGUCACCAUGACAACUGGAUCCAAUGUGGAAAUUGAGUGGAUGGUUGAUCAAAAUAUAACAACCUGCAUUGACGCAUAUCAAGGAGCCGUCAGAAACGUGGUCAAAACGUUCACGUUCACAGAAAUGCGCACGUACAACAUUACAGUGUUUGUAAGAAACGGCGUCACAUCAACGCACAAAACUAUAAAUGUGAUGGGCAUUCGACGGCCUGUCAACUUUGUUGUUGAGACCACACCGGGCCUGUAUUCAACCCAGGAGCCGUUUGUUGUCACUCUUACCAAUAAUUUGACGAUUACAGAGGUAAUAUCGAUGGGCGAACUGUACCUUGAGGUUUUGUAUGGUAACGGCCAAAACGACACUACUAGGCUAAAUCCGUUGUUUCAAAAUAUUACAUCUGUUGAUGGGAGCUCGUUUACUUGUCAAUACCUAAUCCAGGGAAACUACACCCUUGUUGCAAAAAUAAGAAACGCCGUGGGAUAUCAACUCUUUAAUUUUUCAUUUUAUGCUUGGGACAGACUCAAUAUGACCUUGAAUUCAUCGUCCCUUUCAACAAUCGGAAUAGGUUCGACUUUUACUUUUCUGAACCCUCCAAACUCGGGAUUUAGAUACACUAUUGAGUAUGGGAAUGGGAAUAUGACCACAACAACUGACCUGAUCUACUACAGUAAUUUUAGCGUUACUCCCUGGGUAUUUGACUACCCUGUUCCGGGUAGGUAUACUGUUAUCAUGGCUGCAUGGAAUCCAUUUUAUGCUGUUGUUCAGACAUUUGACAUUACUGCUCAACACCCGAUACCGACCAUGAAAUUGAAUCCAACCGGUGGGGAUUUCCCUAUAGAUGACGGUUUUGGUUUUUUCAAUAUUACAAUGAUGGAAGACCGGCCUUCCCCAACCAAUGUUACGUGUAAAUUCGAUUUUGAAGAUGAAAGUUUUGACAAUCAACCGACAACGUUUGUUUAUGGGUCACCAUUGACCAAAAAAUAUCAAUAUGAUGUUAAAAAAUCUGCUGAAAGUAAAAAAGUUAUAUUUGAAUGUAGCAAUUUAGUUAGCUCAUGGACAGGUUUUGCGAACGUUACAAUCAGAGACUUCGAUAUAGCAGAUUUCAUAGUAAAUCAUCCGCCCGAAGUCCCUAUGAACAUGACAUUAAGAGGCAAUGCAACAGAGUUACUGCCUUUUGGGGAAAUAGGCAGUGUACCGGUUGCAGUGACAUUCAGUGCACAGUUGUAUCAAAUGAAUUAUGUGCCCCCUCGAGUGAAAUUUGAGUGGGACUUCGGCGACGGUAGUCCUCCGGUAGCAUUAGAAAACCCUUCAUUCAAUUAUACGCACGAAUUUCAAGACAGAGGAAUAUUUAAUGGCAUCCUUAAAGUUACCUAUGGUUCCGAGAAAGAAGAAAUUCCGUUCGAAAUCAAGAUGGGCGUUGCAAACUUUUCAUCAGAUAAGUACGAAGGCAGUCCAGGAAAGGAUGUGUUCACCUUUACGGCAAAAGACUUGCUUGGAACUGCAACAUACGAAAUGGAUUUGAGUAUAGAGCCGCCGAGAACUCGUACUGCAUCUGCGGGAAUCCCAGUUUCUGAAACUGCAAUAUAUAAUCUUCGAGGUCAAUACUUGCCCAAAGUCAUUGCUUAUAACGGAACAGUUACAGAAUUACUAUAUUUGCCGUUUCAUGUUGGAGUUGACUAUGUUUUUGUGGGAAUAAAUAUGACUGUACCGUCUGAACUUGAACUUCCGCCAGGAAAUGCAGUGUUUAUAUUUGGUGUCCCGGACGGCGCCGACCCUGUUCUCGACAUCAGGUGUGAAUUCAUUUCAGGAGAUCGAAUCGACAAAGCAAUCCACGCGAGAUUAAAAAACCUUACUGAUGGUGAUCCAAUCGUAUAUAACUACCAGUACCUCACUCUAGGGUUUCACUUUUUCCAGUUGCUCUGUAAAAACUUUGCCCAUACCUAUACAAAUAAUUCCAUCAUUCUAGUUAAGAACGAAUGUUUUUCCAUUAAUGGUAUUUUCGAUCGCCAGUAUUCCAAUCGAACAACACCCAUGAUUGUUUUGACUUCAAAAGACGUUGAUCUAGCCAGUCGCAUGCUCGUGUAUUGCCCAGAAAGGGGUCCAGAUUACGAUUGGACGUAUUAUAAUGUUACAGGGAUGGAUGAAGAUGUUUAUAAUUACACCCCCGUUUUUAGACCCACAGGUUCUGUGCGAUUUGCAAAAGGAUCAAUUCCAGCAGGCUUGUACAAGGUCAGUUUGAACGUGACCUUGGAUGGGACAUGGAUGCAAGAAUACACGUUUAUAAAAUUUGAAAAGCCGAAACCGUAUGCCCAUAUUGUUCGUGGGUCAAAGUACAUUGCUUCUUUCACUUCCGGAGAAAUAGAUUUGGACGCAAAAACGGAAUCGUACGAUGCUCAGUUGGGAUAUGGUUUUAACGAAGAAUUGACUUUCACUUGGUAUUGCAACAAAGAGUUGACAUCAGAUAUUAUAGAGCUAGAUGAACUAUAUAACAGAAAUGGAGGACUUGAUUAUUAUAUAUCGUACGGACCAAGUCUGGCGAAUGAUUGCAGGAAUUUAUUUCGUGUCGGUGGCAAUCUGACAUCUGGUAACACCACUAACAGUACAGACUCGGCUUUCCCUACAAAUGGAGUCAUAACCUUACCUCUGUCGGAGCCAAACGUGGGUUUCGUCAUCGUGGUGGCUGUAGCCAAGGACGAGCUAGUGUCUUACUACACUCAGCUUCUACAGGUGGUCUCCUCGAUCCCCCACGAUGUCAACAUCGUAUGUUCUAUGAAUUGUUUGGAAAAGUACGCUGUGACGUCAAUGUUGAGCAUUACUGCCAUUUGCUACGAUUGUACACCAAACGCUGUUUUGGAAUAUGAAUGGAAAUUGCAACAUUUUAUUAACGGAACUUACGAAGAUAUUCCGUCUUUGAUUAACAUGACUGAAACUCCCAUUAACGAGGCGUUCAUCACUCUGAAGGCAAAUCAACUAACGCCAGGAGAGAAGUACACUUUAAGUGUAAAUAUGACGUCCAAUGAGAAGGACCCAACACUUGCUGUGUGGGGCAUACAAGUGAACUACCCACCCUAUAACGGGACGUGUGUAACGGAUCCAAAAUCGGGUAACGCUUCGACCAGCUCUUUCUCAGUCAUUUGUCUGGAUUGGCGUGACGAAGGUAUCUAUGCAGAGCGAAGUGACACACGUGACCCGACACUUAAUGAACCACUUGUUUACGAAUACGUUGCGUAUAUCCCCGAAACGGACGGGUCGACUAAAUACUAUCAAAGUGCAGUUCCGAUUUUCAGAGGAAGUGAAAGUACGGCAACUGAGCUUCCCUUACCGGUGGGCAGUGAAACGUUAGACUACAAAAUCGAGAUUGAAGUUCGAAUUUAUGACCGAUAUGGGGAUUUUGCCGUGUUUCACCAUGCAGACACAGAAGUUCGGGUGGUCCCGGAUACAAGCAUGGUACCGACAAAUCUACAAGACACGGGAGCUUUGGACGAACUGUUUAGUGUCUUUGACCGUAACUACACCAUAACCGAUGCUGGAGGAAACAGCAUGGCCGUAGUGAGACUCAUUCAGUCAACAACCUCCAUCUACCUGUCCUCUCACUUAAAGACAAAUGGGACAUUGACCAGUACCAGCGAUCUGUUUUCUGGAGCGGUGGACCAGACUGAAGUGGUGGAAGAUCUUGCAGUUGAACCUGUUCAAGAACAACUUAUACAGAGAACAAGACAGUUUACAGAAAUCCUCUUGAAUGCGACCACGCAAACACCAGCGACGAGCGACAGUCCAAUGAGUGCUGCCAAUGCCCGCCAGGUGGCGCGGAGUUUUGCGGCGUGUGUGUCAAACCCAAUAAGCGUGGAUGAUACAUCUGUGGAAACUGUGGCAGAAGGGACAAGAGUGCUGAUGGACAAUAUUCGUCAAGUGUCAGUCGUGAAACCUUUUCCGGUAGAGGAUAUUCAAAACAUACAGGACACCGCUUCCGGUGUGGUGGAGACGCUGAGCAAUCUGGUAGAUUUUAUGGUUCCCAGCGAACUGUCCGACAUGGAGGAAGAACUCGACAUCAAUGACGUCAUGGCGGAUAUGAAUGAUGCUGAAUAUUAUUCAGACGGAAGCACAGCCUCAAUCCUUGCGAAUAUGACGUCUGAAGAUAAGACACAACUGGCAGAUGCUGUUCUUAAAUUGAAGAAGAAGCAUAGAGAAAUACAAGAGAAGAAAUCAAAAACAGCAAAGAAUGCUGGCAGUAAUAUAAAAACAGCCAUAACCGAUUCCCUGAAAGCGAAAUCCAAAAUAGUCCAGGUGGGAGCAGGUACAGAUACCGUCGCGACCGAUCAGAUUUAUAUGUCAGUCCAGAAGGAAAAGAGGGAACACUUGAUGAACAAAAAGAUACAGAGGAGGGACACUGGGUUGAUGCUUGAUGAUGGUGCGCUCAAUAACUCAAGGGCGCGCUCCGUGGAGGUUUGGAUGACAGAAUUUAAAAAGAAUCCUUUCUUCCAUGCCUCGGGUUCGGAGACCAUUGGAUCUUCCUUGGUGUCAGUUCAAACCAGAGAUGAGUCGGAACAAGACGUUAACAUUCCAAAGAAUAUCAUAUUCAACAACAACAAAACGACCCAGUAUAAGUCAUUUUUCUUCUCCAAUAUAUCAGGGGGUGAGGAUCCCAUGUUCUAUUUUAUAACAAAUCUAAACGGACCGGAUGCAACCAUUGUGUAUGUCAAACCCGAUGUAUACGACUCAUCUGGCCUCGGGGAUCAGGAUUUGUACACUGCCUACGGUCGCAUGAACACGUAUCCCGAAAGUGCCAACUAUGAGUAUAAAACAGAUGUCAAAGCUUCUAACUGGGUGGAACCUUAUGGAUUUAAAAUCUUCCUUCCGGACAAAAUAUUCCGGAAAGGAAAAUUAUACAUAGGGCUGAAACCGCUUAAAGUGGUUGACGAGUCCCAAAACAACCGAAGAAGAAAGCGAGCCGCAGUCAAUGCAACAUCCCCGUCAUUUGAUCCACACGAAGCAAAUUUUAGCAUGGCAAUUAUUACAUCUGGUUGUAGAACGUAUGAUGAAACAACAAACCAAUGGACGGACAAUGGCUGCCAGGUGUUGGAUAUUUCGACCUUUAAUGAGACGGUUUGCCGAUGCUCGGAUCCACCUGGUACAAUGUUUGCCACAACCUUCUACGUCCCUCCAAACAAGAUCGACUUUCACGCCGUUUGGGGGAAGUUUGACCCAGAGAAUGCAGCCGUGUAUGGCACUAUUGCUGCGCUUCUGGUGAUUUAUUUCUUGGCAUUGUUGUAUCUGAGACGGAAGGACAAACAGGAUGUGACUAAGUGGGGGACUAGGUUUUUGUGUGACAGUGAGAACACCGAUGCCUACUUUUACCUACUGACGGUGUACACGGGACUACGGCGUGACGGCGGGACAAAGUCCAACGUCAACUUCAUCGUCGGGGGCGAGGAUGGGGACACUGGCGUCAGGGUCCUUAGUGACGGCUUCAUGACGGGAUUCCCGGCAGGGAGCUUGCGAAAGUUUUUGAUGGGCACUAAACAUCCUUUAGGGGACUUGAAUUACUUUCGGGUAUGGCAUGACAAUUCUGGGACAGGAAGCGAAAGAUCGUGGUUUUUGCACAAAGUAUUGCUGGAUGACUUGCAAACUGGGACAAGAUUCACAUUCCUAUGUGAUAAAUGGUUGGCGGUAGAACAAGAUGACGGUAUGGUGGAAAGAAUUAUUUCUGUUACGUCGCACCAAACUUUGACAUCGUAUGAUCAGCUUAUAUCCGACCAUGCACGAUUUAAUGCCACAGAAAACCAUUUGUGGCUAUCCAUGAUCAUACGCCCACAACAAAGUACCUUUACACGAGUACAGCGACUUACAUGUGCGUACGCGCUUCUCUUUCUGACCAUGAUCACAAGUUGCAUGUUUUUCAGAACUGACGAUGAAGUUCGACCAAACCAAGUGUCAAUUGGAAUUAUCAAAUUUUCUUUGACAACAUUAUACGUGUCCUUUAUAAGUAUUCUAAUAGCCACUGUGCCAAUUUUCAUUGUAACUUUUAUAUUUAAAAAAUCACGACCAAAGGAAACGUCAAAUAGUCUUGAUAAAAAGAAAAAUGACAGAAAACCGUUUAGUGAUGUACAGAACGAGAAGGAAGUGGAAGAUGAAGAUGUCUUCAUGGACGAUUAUGUUAACUUCUACAAAGAAGAGCGACUUCCUCUGCCCCAUGGCAUGGUGUAUGUCGGCUGGACUAUUCUUGUUCUGGCCAUAGUGUCCUCUGGUUUCUUCGUUAUCCUAUACAGUAUGGAAUUCGGAAAAACGAAGUCAGAAGAAUGGCUAUCAACGUUUGUUUUCUCGUUUGUUGAAUCGUUGUUUGUACUUGAUCCAAUAAACGUGAUUGUCAUGGCGAUUCUAAUGGCCAUCUUAUUUAGAAAGCCCCUAGAUGGGGAAUGUCCCAACGUUGAUUUAGAUGUCAUCAAAACUGCUGCAGAGAAACGACAGCAAAAUUCUUCUAGAAUGUAUCUGACGUUUAGGAUGGAAAUAUUGUCAAGCUCCGGUCCUCCGGAUCAAACUAUUCUAGAAUCACAGCGUAAGUUACGACAGAACGAGAUAGCGGCCCAGGCCGUGUUCAGACGGCUCGUGGUGUACGCCAUCUUUGUGUUCGUUGUCUUCAGCAUCGGCUACAUCAACAGAGACGCUAGGUCCUACAACAUCAGGCUAGAUAUGGACAACCAGAUAUAUUUUACUACCAAAGGCACCUUUGGAUUUGAGAGCAUAAACAGUGCUGAUAAGUUUUUCCACUGGAUGCGCCACACGUUUCUCCCUCGCCUCUUCCCCGUUUCCGACAUCCGUGGUCAAGCGAUUUCUGUCCUGGACAAGCAAUACUUCGCCGGCUUCAGUCACGCACGUGUGGGACCUGCCCUCUUACGUCAGAGUAGGAUGGGAAUAUCAAAGUGCAGCUUCAUAAUUGAUUCGGCUCACCGUUGCAUUGACGAAUAUGAUUUCCACGGCGAGGAUACAGAUGAUUACUGCACAGGGUGGACCCAAGUUAACGGGACCUGCUCGCCUACCCUAACAUCAAACGCCUGGAGGCAUACAUCAGCGAGCGAGGUUUGGGGAAUGCCAAUGGAAGGACAGAGAAACACGUACGGUGGAGGUGGAUACAUGAUUAAAUUUGAGAAAGAUCUUGUGUUGUCCCAUCAAAUGAUAGAUGAACUUGAACGAACUCUUUGGAUUGAUAGAAGAACAAGAGCGGUGUUUGUGGAAUUCACUCUCUACAAUCCCAAUGUGAAUUUGUUCUUUAAUGGGAUUUAUUUACUGGAGUUUCCGGACUCCGCUGGAGUGGUAACUUGGGUUAAUCUCCAGGUCUUUCGACCUUUCCAAGCGUUAGGCGCCAUCGGAACAUACGCCCUCCUUUGUUAUUUCAUCUAUAUCAUUUUCUUCUUGAUAUCAAGCGGUCGAAUGAUUUACCAAAUCUACAAACAAAAGUGUCUCUUUUUUAAGUCCACUUGGAAUGUAGUGGAUCUCUUCUGUACUAUUCUAGGAUUUAUUGGAAUAGUUUUUUGGGCGGUACGAUACGCUUUCGCUAAUGAAGCCCUGGAUAAAUACUACAACAACAAACUUGAUUUCAUUCAGUUUCAGCACAUAGCUUUUUGGGACAAUGCUUUUGUUGUGGUCAUGGGGAUCCUAGUCUUCAUCGCCACGAUCCGAAUCUUACAGAUUUUGGGAUACAACCGACGGAUGACCCAAUUAAUAGCCGUCAUUACCCUAGCCUCCAAAGAUUUAUCCGGAUUUGCGAUCGUAUUUUCGAUCAUCUACUCCGCCUAUGUUGUGACUGGAUACCUUCUGUUUGGCAAAAUUUCCACCUCCUACCGCUCGCUCUUUGUAGCGUUUGGAAGUCUGACAAACUCCAUCAUCGGGAAAAAUCAUCUCGAUAUAUUACGGGGGUCAGGAGGGGUGUCCCUUGGGGAGUUGUAUUACCUGACCUAUAUUCUUAUCGUCAUCCUGGUACUGAUCUCUAUGUUUGCUGUCAUCUUGAACCUGAGUAUAUCUGUGGUGAAACAGGAACUUCAAGCAGAAGAAAGCGUGUACGGACUAACGAACGUAGUCGCUGAUUCGGUGAAAAACGUCGUCGGAAUAUUCGUUAGCACGCAAGGAAAAGACCAAUAUACGGAGAACUUAAAAUCAGUCAAAAAGUAUGAACAUCUACAGUCAAGAAAGCCCGACUUCGACCCGCCUAAUAUUGUUAACCUUCUACAAGACAUAUUCAUGCAUUAUGGAAAAGAUGGAUUCGAUGGAAUGGACAAAGUUCCAGAAACCAUCGAGCGGUCAGUGACUCAGACUGACCUGACGUUACAGGUAGAUGAGGACGAUGACAGGGAUGACGUAAGCAACUCAGAGGACAUAAACAACGAGCUUAAAAACCUGACCAUUGAGGACCGUAAAACCAAGAAAGUCCACGACGUGUCGGGAUAUUUGUAGUAAACUCUUAGGAAAAUAAGUGGAAAAACAACGAGUUUUAAUCCAUAAACUGACGGUACACUAAUAGAGUUGUGCUAUGGUUUUUGUGUGUGUGUGUGUCUGAAACAUGCCUGUCAGUUGUUUGCGAUAACGAAUCGACUUUUAGUGUCGAGGAUGUUGAAUGUUAACAGUUUGUUAAGGACAGGUUCUCAUUGUGAAAUGAAUUAUUUUUAUAGGUUCUUGUGUUGUUGAUUUUCAAAAAACGGACGUAAAAAAGUAUUUCAAUUGUAUAUUACAAUAUAUAAUAAUCUAGACUUCCCUUUUUUUGGUCCAACGAUAAAAAAACGUCAGUUAUGUUUGUUUUAUGAAAGUAUUAAAACUGCAGAUUAAAUUAUUUCAUCUGUAAUUUCUGUGAAUAUGACCAAGCAAUGAGAAAUAUUAAUUGUGUCUGUGGGUUUUUUUUCAUUAUUUAGUAUGUGCAAUAAUGUCUAUGCAGCUGAAAUAAACCUAAUAUUGAA